GCUACGCACUCGGCUACCAAGCAGCUGAUCAGACCGUUUUUCAUUUUUCAUUUACACGAUAUAGCACAGCUGAUCUUUGCGAAAAAACUUAAGUUCAUUCCCACAUUGCGCGAAGAAGGAAAUCAAUUAUACAUCAAAGGCGAUUUUCAAGCCGCGGCUGUUCGUUACCAAGAGGCACUUAAUCUAUUGGAACAGCUCAGUCUUCGGGAGAAGCCGGGUGACCCAGAGUGGGUAGAAUUGGACAAACAGCGCGUACCGUUCUACGUUAAUCUUGCUCAAUGCCAGUUUAAACUGAAGGUUAAUCAUCCUCUUCAACGUUCAUAUUUUGCUUUGGAUGGUCAUUUUCCGUAUUUCCCAAAGUUAUCGGCGUCGUUAGGGGUUAAGAGGAAUAGGCCAUCCAUCUACCGUCUUGUUCAUAAGUUCGUCACCGUCGUCCCACUUGUGUUUUUUGUUUGA